AUGAAGUUCUAACUAUUUAGUCUUAUCUUAAUCUGUUUUGUCUAGUGUGAUUGGGAAAUUUACAAAUAUGAACUAUUCGAUGCUGCAUCUUCUGUGGAUUGGAUUGGACUAAAUUCGUAUUCGACGAUUAGUUCAUUAACUCAAAUCAAUCCAACUCUUUGUACACCAACAUCUUCUACUUUCUUGGCAGAAGGAAAGGAGAAAAUUUGGAGAAAUAUCCAAAUGCCAAACAAUAGAAAAUUCUCUGCUAUCAGAAUUGAGUUAGAUUUUUAUUAUAUUGAUUCGAUGAAGGAAGUCAGCACUAAAUUGUACUUGAAUUAAGUUAUGGUUAAUGAAAAUACUUAAACAUAAUUUGAGUUAUCAACUCCAACUCCCUUAAUAUACUGCAAUCGACCAGGAAAUAAUAAUUCUGCAGAUAGCUCUGUGUUUAGAUUCAAUCAUUUUUAAGAAUUUAGAGAUAAUCAAAUUGAGAUCCUAAUUGAAACAAUUGGGUUUCAGCCCGUUUUCAUAUAUGCAUUAUCUGGAUUUUAUUUGUAUGUUUAAUUUUGUGAUAAAAAUUGUGAAUUUUGUAAUGAUACUGGAUAAUGUGAGAGAUGCAAAGAUGAUCUCCAAUUAAAUAAAGGGUAAUGUCUUUGCAACUUUAUUGGAGACUAUAGAUAUUCUUAGUUUUAAUUAGAUACUCCAAAUAUAUAAUGUUUAAAUUCUUGUCCCAAUGGAUAUGUUCCAGAUUAAAACGGAAUAUGCCAAAUUGGUACUUCACAUUUAUUGUUUAACGAUUUAGUUGGAGAUUUCAACUCUUAUCAAUUCUACAUAAUCAAGGACAAAUAUUAUUCAAAUGUUGAUGAUAAUUCUUAGAGGAUUAUAUAAAUUGGAAAUGAUAAAGUAGCAGGUCCUUUUUUUUAUAAUGAAUAAAUCGUUUUUCCUCAAUUAUCAAUAAUUUCUUUCUCUAAGAUAAUGAUUAAAUUAAAAAUAUACUUCCUGAGAUAUCAUAAAUCUCAUUUCAUUGGUGGAUAAAUCUCACUAAAAUUUAAUAAUUACACAGUUUUAUACAUUUAUGAUUAUGAGCAACCUGGGCUAUCCUAUUCAUAAGGGAUAGCUCACAUAAAUAAUUGGUAGAAAUGUCAUUUUGAAGAGUCUGAGAAUUGUUUUUAAAGUGACAUUUAUUUUGAGAUGUUUUUAAAUUAUGAAGUCACUGAAAUAAAAUUUGCAGGUUAGUUCACAAUAGUAGAACCUCUUAGAGGGUGGUGUUUAUCAAAUUUAGAGAUUGUAGAAUAACAAAUAACAACGAAUCUAAGUUCAUGUGAAAAUAAUUGCUUGACCUGCCCCUUUAUGCAACCAAAAUUCUGUAAUUCAUGCAAAUCAGGAUAUUUCUAUUUUGCAAAUAAAUGUUUAUCAAAAUGUCCUUUAUAAACGACCUAAAUAGGAAAUGAAUGUGUAGAAAAUGGGAUGAGUGGCUAAUUUAAUUAUAUUCUAAACAUUCUCUAUGACGAUAAUAAUUAUUAUGAUUAAAUUUUGACCAUAAGUUAAUAAUUAGAAGAAUAAGUUCACAUAUAAUUCAAAUGCUUAUUCAAUAUUGGGAGGAAUCCCAUUUUGGAAUUAUGGAUCAAUAUAUAUCAUGCUAUUAAAAGUGAUAGACCUUUUUACAAGGCCUUCAUAAAGCUUAAUGUAGUAUGCAUAGAUUUAUAAUACGAUGAAAUAUUUGAAAUAUUUGUGAAUGCUACUGGAGUUUCCUAUUAAAUGACAACAGCAACGCCAAAUUCAAAUCAAUUUCAGUUUUUAUCUAUUGGAAAUACAAUGGGUUCUUCGUUAUGGAAUGAAUAUGUAGCUGAAGGAUUUAUUGAACUUACUCUACUUACAUCACUUGAUAGCUUGUUAGUAACAUUUUCUGUUUAAGAAUUAAAAAACUUGCAUCAGUAUUAUGGAAUCUUUAACUACAGAGUUAUGGUAGUGUCGUGUCCAGAGUUUUGCAAUCAAUGUGAUUCCGUUGGAUAAUGCUAAGAUUGGAUGGUUGAUAAUUCAGUGUAAUCUGGAAGUUGUGCUCAAGGGUACUAUUAUGAUCAAAAUCUUCAUUCAUGUUUCUAAUGCAUUUUAGGGUGUUACUAAUGUACUAAUUCAUAUUAUUGCGAUUCUUGUUCUCCUAAACAUAUACAAAUUCAUGGAUAGUGUUAUUGUUAAGUUACAUUUGAAUUAAGUAAUACAUGUACUUAAAAAUAUCCCUGUGAGGAGGGAUGUUUGACUUGCGGAUUUGAUAUAAUCAAUCAUAGAAAAAAUAUGUUUCAAAAGUGUUUAGCUUGUGAUGAUUCUAAUCAUUACUGGUUAAAUAUUAAUUAAUGUAGUUGUUUAGAAGGGUAUUAUAUGGAAAAUUAGAUUUGCUAGCCCUGUUCGGAAUUAUGUAGAGCAUGUACUUAUUCUCCAAAGUAUUGCACGAAGUGUGAUUCUUCAUUAAAUAGAAUAUUAAAUCAUUCUAUAUGUGAAUGUCGUUAGGGAUAUUAUUCUGAGGAACCAUAUCUAGAAUGUUAUAAAUGUGAUUCCACUUGUAAAGGUUGUUAAAUCAAACCAUUUAUUUGCAUUAGAUGUUAUCCUGAUUAAUUUAGAAAUAUUUUCAAAAAUUAAUGCAUAUGCAAAGAUGGAUAUUUUGAUUAAGGAACUGAGAUUUGUAAUGAAUGCGAUCAAAAAUGUAAAACCUGUUCAGAUAUCGAUACAUGUUUGUCUUGUUAUUAAGAAUAGAAUAGGAAAUUAAACUUAUUGAAUACUUAAUGUAUUUGUUAAUAAGGAUAUUAUGAAAUAGAAAAUAGUUUGACAUGUGCUCCUUGUCACCCUUCUUGCGAGUAUUGUUUAAAUUCUCCUUUGAUAACUAUGUGCACUCGAUGUCCAAUCACUAGAGAACCAUCAUAACAUGAUACUGUUUUCUCAUGCAAUUGUAAAAGAGGAUAUUAUGAAUCUAAUAUGAAGGAAUGUUUGUCCUGUAUGAAUUAUAUCAACCCCCCAAUUUCUCAUUAUUGUUAUAGUAACUGUGGGGAUGAGAUUGUAUAAUGGAAUGAAGAUUGCGAUGAUGGAAAUGAUUAUUAAAAGGAUGAAUGCAACUCAUGUCUUUUUUCACAAUCAUAUUGUUUUAACCCUUUAUGUAUAUAAUGUGAAAUGGGAUAAUGUCACAAUUGUGUUGAUGGAUAUUAUUUAAAUUUAAAUAAUCAUUGUGAUAAAUGUGACUCAUAAUGUAAAACUUGUUCAGUGAGAGCAAAUAAUUGUCUAUCAUGCAAUUUAUAAAAUGAAGAUCUGUCAUGUGCAAUUUGUGAAAUCAACCUAGGAUAUUAAAUAAAGGAUGGAAAAUGUUUAAACAUUUGUGGGGAUGGGUUGCGAGUAAGUCAGGAAUAGUGUGAUGACGGAAAUUAAAAUUCUGGAGAUGGAUGUUUUUACUGUUUAAUCGAGGAUGGUUGGUCAUGUUAAGAUACUUGUGAUAGGUAAAACUAUCCAUAUCUGAUAUUCGAAGAAGACUUAUAUGAUAAUAGAUAUUAAGCAUAAAGAAAUUUUAUUAUAAAGUCAAGUAUUCCGUUAAAAACUUCUGUUUCAUUUACAGAAUUAUGUUAAUUCAAACUGAAGGAUUCCAAAACAUUUUAAAUUAAGCAAUAUCAAGAGCUUACUAAUUAUUUUGAAGAUUAUAAUAUUCUUUAAAUUGAUGUAUAGAUUGUAUUAAAGAAUAGAGAGGAAACUCCAAUUUUAUUAUGUUUAAUUGAAAACCCUUAAGAUUAUCAAUCAAAACAAGGUUUAACUUUUAAUCAGACGAUUUUUGAAUUUGAGUUAUUAAAAUAUCUAAAACCCUCUUAGGAUGUUAUUGAUGUUACUCAGGGCUUUCUAGAGUUUAAUAAAUAUGUGUUGUUCAUCUUAUUGGGUUUGGCUAUAAUUUCCUUAAUUGUAGGGGGAUUACACAUCUUUUGGAACCUAUUGGAUAUUUUAUAAUUAAUAUCCUAUUUAUAAUUUUUCAACGUCAUUUAUCCUUAUAAUGUAGAGACCUAUUUUAGACUAUUUGACUUUGCCCAAUUCGAUUUCAUGAAAAUCUUCCUCAAUAUUGAAGAUUUAGUAAAUUGUUAUGUUGAUUCACCUGAUCCUCACUAUAAAUUUGCUUCAAAAGGUUAUUCCUCCACGUUUUAUAUCAAUGCUUUUGCUGUUUUUAUUGCAUUUGUAACUACCUUAUCUAUUUAUUUUCUAUGCAUUAUAGGGUUUAUGAUUCUAACCAAAAUAAUGGCAUAUUAUUCCGAAGAGAAUUUAUACAUAGACGAUGAAGAACCUGAACUGUUCAAAUUUAUUAUUCUUCGAAUUAUUAGGAAAGUCUAGAGAGUUUUCCUGAACACUAUUCAUUACUUUUGUUCAGGAUUAUUAAGAACCUUCAUGUCAGUGGCAUAUGAAUAUAAUCUUGCUGUUUUUCUAUAGUUAUCAGUAAGAAAUAUGGAGAAUCCCUUUUUUGACUUCAAGUUUCUUCAUAAGCUUUAUCUUUUUUUUUCUUUAAUUGUAUUUAAUUAUUAAGGGCCUUAUUAUUUUGGUUAGCAACUUGUAAAAUAAAAAUACGGAGCUCUAUUUGAAGGCAUUAGAAUAAGAAGAUCAAGACCCUACUCUAAUUAUUAUAACCUACUCCUUCUUUGUAAGAAAGUAGUGUUCAUUUUUGUUUUAGUGUUUUGCUAUAGCGAAGCUUAUAUUACUAUUUUAACAUGUUCAAUACUGAAUAUCAUAUUUAUAUUCUACGUUAAAUCAAGUUAGCCAUUAAAGGAUGUUUAUGAGCAUUAGAAAGUCAUAGGUUCAGAACUGUUCAUUUGGUUGGUUGAGUUAUUAAUCUUGAUACUAUUUUAUAAAUAAUAAAAUGAUCCAAAUGAAUAGGAUGAAUUAAUAAUUGGUUGGUUCAUUAUAGUUUUAUGCACAUUAUUAGUAGUGUAUUAAUUUAUUCUUGAUUUUAAACAGCACUUUAUAUUUUUGAAAGAAAAUUAUGUGAUUGUUUUAGAAUCUCAUUCAAAAAAUAAGGAAUUAUUUUAACAAACCAAUUUAAGUUCAUUAAGAAUCAUAAGCAUUUUUACAAUAAAGCCCACCUCAAUACAUAUAGUAUGA